AUGGCAGCAAGUAAUGCAAGUACUACAGCAAGUAUAAAUGAAACAAAUUUAGCUCCCUCUCAGUCAGUUAGUGUUCUUAGUUCUCCAUCUUCACCCCCCAUACGAACACUUAUUUCCAUUCCUUCGAAUGCUACCACAUCAAAUUUAGAAGCAAAUGCAGCAUCAAGUCUAAUAUCAAUUAUAACAGCAGAUCCUAUUAAUUCAACCAUACCAUCUAAAGGAACAUAUUCAUCAGUUGUGAUACCUACUACGUCUGAGGCAUUUAGUUCAUCAUUUACAUCACCUAAUAUUACUUCACAAUCUUCAAGUAUAUCAGAAUCCUCAUCUCAUUCAGCAUUUAUAUCUAUUAUAGAAUAUCCAAAUACUCCGGCACAAACAUGUACGGAAUCUAUAGUAAAUGCUACUGGAUCCGCAGCAAAUGGUACCGCGUUUAUUAAUGCAACACAAACAAAUACACCUAAAACUACAACUUCAUCCCUUAUUGCAAAUGCUUCAAGUGUCUUGACAGGCAAUAUGAAUGGUUAUAGUAUUUUUAAUAAUAGUGAAAGUUCAUUAGAUCCCAGUACAACUCAGGGAGCAAGUUCAUUACCUAGUCAACAAAGUUCGUCAACUUCCACAACAUUUCCUCUAGCUCUUGUAAUAUCUUCACCAUCGACUAUAUUUCAAGCUACUAUAGGCAUAUCAUCCAUUUCCUUUUUUAUUAUAAUUUUUUUUGUUUUAGUUAUUUUAAUAAUAAUUUUUUUUACUAUAAAGUUCACAUUUAGCUAUAUAUAA